AUCGUUGACACUUUUUGAUCUAGAAGACGAAUCUCAAGCUUGUAUUGGCUAGCAGCUAGUGAAAUGUAUUCAGUAUUCGGCGAGAAUUCGAACGACAUAAACAUGUGGCCAAAAUAUUCGAAAUAGCAAGUUGUAACGAUUAAAAUUAAACAAGACUAACCAUUGUUUAAAUAAAAAUUAAAAGAAAAACAAUGCCAAAGCAAAAAAAUAAAGAAAUAAACUGGAAUUAUUAAGAAUGAAUCAAUCUAUUCUUAGAUUGAAUUGUAGAAUAAAUAAAACAAAUUGACUACCAAACCUUGUCAGUUACGUUCAUAUAACUUUUAACAUUGCACACAAAAACAAAGUGAAAUUUGAGAAGUCAGUAAAACGACUGUAUGCAAUCAACCAAGUUGAAAAUUGUUUUAUUUAUUAUUUGCGGUUGAUGAGCUGAGGCUUUAUAGCUUUAACAUAGUAGUUAUAGCUUUGCUAUUUAUUUCGGGGGAGGUUUCUUGCAGUUGGUUUAAAAUUAACAAAUAAUUGUUGUCGCAAUGUUUCGAGCCACUCAAAUGGCAAGCGAGGAGACUCUGCCCGCCCUGGGUCUAUUAACCAUUAACGACGAUAACGAAACUAUCGGAAUAACAACUUCACUUACUUUAAAAAACGGAAGUAACAAAAAAAGUGGAUAUGGAUUAGUGACAGUAUUACAUACCCACCGGCGUCCUAAAUAUCCUAUUGCCAUUAUUUUUGUAUUAACUGCAAAGCUAUUUGAGGCAUUUGCCGCAAAUGGCAUACGAACAAUAUUGGCCCUGUACUUGCGUGAUGAUCUUUUCUUCAGUGAAAGCUUUUCUACUGUGCUAUUGCACAUUUUCAAUUUCUUUGGUCAAUUCUGCCCUAUUUUUGGUGCUAUACUGGCUGAUAGCUACAUAGGCAAUGUGCGAACCAUAAAUAGGUUAUACUUUGUCUACGCUUUGGGAUGGACUCUAUUGGUAUUCACAUCACUGCCAUAUGUUGGGGUUUCUUUGGUUUUUCUAGUUUCAAUGGCUCUACUUCUGAUAGCCAUUGGAAAUGGCUCAACCCGUGCUUGUGUUACCUCCUUGGGGGCAAUACAAUUUCAACUGCCCGAUCAGGCCAAACAAUUGGCUGAUUAUUUCUCGUGGUAUUACUUCAUCUACUACAUUGGAAUAUUUUUGAGUAAGAUUAUACCGCCCAUGAUACGUGCCAAUACUAGAUGUUACAAUAAGACAGAAUGUUAUCCAGCUGUAUUUGGUACAUUGGGAACAUCAUUUUUCAUGGCAUGGUUGACUUUUACAAUUGGAAAACUAUUUUAUAAAGAGGAAAAAAUUGCGGAGGAAAAUAUUUUAGUAAAGUUUUAUGGCUGUGUAAAACAUGCCCUUAGCAAAAAAUGGAACAGAGCCUCGAAUGACAAAAAGCCUGCGCAUUGGCUGCAUUAUGCUAUCGGGCGUUAUGAUGAAGCAUUCGUAAAUGAUGUGACUAAAAUAUUUAAGCUAGUCAAACUUUAUAUCCCCUUGCCCAUUUAUUUUGCUUUGCUGGCUCAACAAGACUCUAGCUGGACAUUUCAGGCUGCCUUCAUGAAUACGACAAUAGUAGAAGGCAUUACUAUACAACCAGAUCAAGCCAAAGCCAUGGGACCUAUUUUCCUCUUCAUGUUGAUACCGUUGUGGCAAUAUGUUGUACAACCUUUGCUCAGAUGGCUUUUUAAAUUGGAAUUACAGCCGCUGCAAAGCGUAACAGUGGGAGGAGUAUUUUCAGCUUUAUCAUUUAUUUCAGCAGGUAUAUUACAACGAUAUAUAUACACAAGGCCCUAUCGAUCUGUAAAUGUUCUAUGGCAGAUACCACAAUUUAUAUUUAUAAUGCUUGGUGAACUGUUACUUUCCAUACCGGGCUUGCAGUUUGCCUUUACCCAGGCUCCCGUUUCUAUGAAGUCUGUGGUGACAGCUGCUUGGUUUUUGAACAAUGCCUUUGGCAAUUUAAUUGUAGUUCUGAUAACAGAACUUAAUAUUUUCCCAUCCCAAUAUGAUGAGUUCUUUUUCUAUGCCAUUUUAAUGAUUGUGUCGAUAAUUUUCUAUACCUAUCUAGCCUAUGUCUAUGUACUAGACGAACAGGUGGCAGCAGCAGACUCAGUAGCUAAUGAUUCUAAUCACAAUUCGUUAGAAUUAAUUUCUAGUGAAAAACCAAACCCUCGGAAUGGAGUCAGAGUGAGCCAGGAAAGUGAUAGAAACGACGAUACACCUAGUACAAGCAAUAUUACAAUUGUAUAAAAGUAUUAUUAGUACAUCUAAAAAUUAUAGUAAUUUAUUUUGUUUUUGUUUUGCUUUUUUUAUUAAAAUAAAUCUAACAAUAUAUCUAA